CUCAGGUUACAGGAUCCGUACCUAGUAGCACCCAACAGCUGGUCCCUAAAAGAAGCACGGUGUCCUUGUACGAGCGCGUACCCUUUUCAACUCUGGAGGGUUGUUGACGCAGAGGUUGAUAGGGCAGUGUUUAAUUUUGAAAAUUUGAAAGGGCACUAGUGGCGUCGACGCAAAGAUUUAAAGGAUACUUCUAUCCUGCCCUUCACAUGCACUUGGCGCAACGCAUUAGAAGCUAUGUGACAUUUAACUGGCUAUUAGGUCCAUCUCAUGCUCGCCUGGCUUCCAUCUGGAUAAGUAUAAGAUCCCUGCUUGCCCUUGUCUGUCUCUUGUCUUCCCUGCAGAAUUCUUACCACUUGGAUGCUGCAUUUGCACUACUGCAAUCCAUACAGAGGUCGUAUCGGACGUACACGGAGAACACAUUCCACGCAACCCUUCUGAACGUCAAGCUUUCCCCCAUUUAUUUGCACUGCAUGGGCCCAGUUGCUUCAGCACUCCCUUUUGCAGUCCAUACUGCAAUUGAUCACCUAAGUUUCAUUCCGGGUACUGCAAGAUGGAAGCAAUGUAGAGCAGAACAGAGGGCAAAGGAACUAGAAGCACAAGCGCAUGCUGCGAGGCAGGAAGCGGAAAAGGCGUGGCACAAGGCAAAUGAGGCGGAAAGCAGAGCUAGGAGGGCCCAAGAAGAGGCCACAUCAUCACAGGAACAAGCCGGAGCUGCGGAAAGCAGAUCUAGGACGGCCCAAGAAGAGGCCAAAUCAUCACGAGAACGGGCCGAAGCUGCGGAAAGAGCCAGGCAUGAGGCGGAUGAAGCAUUGGAAAUUGCGAGGAGACGCCAGGAAGAACUGGAACGAGCGUUGUACGAGGCUGAAGAAGCUGUUCGCAGAGCAGAUGAAGCAAGGCUUGCGACUGAGCGCAAAUGGUUUGAAGGAGUUCGCCCCGAGCGCCGCCCAUCAGAUCAAGAAAUUACUCAGAUGAAAGCCCGCUAUGGUUACAGCUCAAACUUCAUUCACCUCGCUGUUGUUGGCUCUGCUGGAGCUGGGAAGUCAUCCUUCAUUAAUGCCGUCCGUGGCUUGUCCAAUGAUAAUCCUUUUGCCGCUCGUACGGGGAUUGUCGAAACUACCGACACCGUCACAAGUUAUCCUGAUCCACGUCCAAACUCCCGGAUCAUUUGGUAUGACGUUCCCGGAGCAGGCACACCAAAUGUGCCUGAUUGGCAGUAUUUCAACGACAUGGGACUCUACGUCUUCGACUGCAUCAUCGUCCUCAUCGACAACCGUUUCUUGGAAUCGGACCUCGCCAUUCUCAGUGCCUGCCAGCAGUCCAGUACCGUUGAGGCAUUCAUCGUUCGCUCCAAGUCAGAUCAGCACAUUAACAACAUGGCGAACGACAGGAUGCCAGGUUUCGACCCUUGUGAUCUUGACACUGAUGACGAGACACGUUCUCGUUUUUUGCAAAUCAAAUCUGAAGAACGGAGGAGCUUCAUCAACAAAACGAACGAGAAUAUGCGGAAGAACCUUGAGGACAAGAGCCUCACUCCUCAGAGGGUCUACAUCGUUUGUAAGGACGCCAUGCUUGCGAAGUUGAAGAAUGUGCGCUCUUCAAAGACAAUUGACGAGGCAGAGCUUCGGAAUGAUGUCGAAGAAUGUGUGCGUAGGCGUUUACAGUCAGGGCGUUAAAAGUGGGCCCACACUGAGCCCUGCAGGACUGACAGCCCCAUUGAUACCUUUUUUUGGUCCUUCGUUCGCUGGUUUUGAUUUAUUUUCUCGUGAGCCGUCAGAAUUUCUACCCCUUCCCGGUCCCCCCAGUCCGAUACUUGUUGCGUUCUCGACCCUCGGAAAGUGUCAAUUCGUUUCGUCACAUUGUGAACACCUACCAUUUUGAUGAUGAAUGAAAGUCAAGAGCGAGCAUCUCUCUUUCGUUCAUCCCCGAGCUCACUGCUCAAGCACCGAAGAUCUCUUAUGCACAUGUCAAAAUUAAUGACAGCACAAACGGGUAAAAUGUCGGAUCCAGUGUAUUCCAUCUAGCGUAAACAACAGAUACCACAACAUGCAAUGAUUGAGG